UGUGGAUAAGGAAUGGAAUCGGGCCUUCGUUGAUCUGACGCCAGAUGACCUUGCUCUGCGUAAAGUGCUGAACUUUGCCGAUCUCACAGUUUGUUUGGACAAAACCAACUCAAGUGGUCAUAUUGAGAGCUACCAGGAGCCCGUGGCAUAUCGAUGUGCUGUCACCUGCCGGAUGUACAUGGAGUAUGAGUCGACAGUUGCCAAGUUUCCUAGGGUUACAAGAUUCAAUCUGUAUUGUGACACGCUGAACCUCUCUCUAACGGACACUCAGCUUCCGAUGUUGGUUCGUCUCAUUGAACUCUGCAUUGCCUUGUACUAUGGCACAUUAGAUCUACCUACAUCGCCUUUGGAGAAUGAAGCAGUGGAGGAGCCCUCUAAGAGCUCCUCUGAGGCUGUAGAAGACACAUCAGAGAUAGAUGUAGAUCCCGAGAUGGACGCUGCAUUGGAUCAAGGUUGGGUGUCAUGGGCAUGGUCUUAUGUGCCCCAGAUCCUACCAGAAGAGGAGGAGCUAGAUGCUGAGAGACAGCUGUCAGAGCUAGAAAGGAGAGGGAGACCUGCAGCUCAUGUCCUGUCUCUGGGGUUUUAUAUCCAUCAGGGCACAAUUGUCUUUAAGCUGUCAGAGAAAUCCAGAGAAAGCACUGAGUUGCCUCACAGAAAGAUACACUUUCAUCCCUUCCUGAAGCUGAGCUGUGAGGGCCUGGGGAUUGAGGUGCUCCUGCAGGGUGUCACCUUCUGUGAUAUACAGUGUGGCUUCACUGCCUUCCGGCUGUCCACAUGUGGGAGCUGUAUCUGCGGGGUUCCUGAUGAGAAAGUGGCCAGG